AUGAGUGGAGUCCGACGAAGAAAUCUGAAGACUAUACAAGAUGACGGUUCAUCGGCUGUAGAAUUUUCAAAACAUGCAUGUGAUGACAAUUCCGAAGAUACUAUAUCCGAUAAAUUCACUGGCCGUCCAUAUAAUCUCCUGUUUUGGUUGGGUUCGUUGGCAACAUUUUUCUUAGCUUACAUUAUUAUUUGUGACGAUAGUAGUGAUUGUUGGCAUUGUUCAGAUUCUUCAUGCAGUACGUCUUUCGAUGUGGUGUCUGCCAGGUCACAUCUUACCAAGGUUACUAGCUUUGGUCCUCGAACUGCGGGAUCCUUGGCUAAUGAAGUUGCUGCUGCUGACUAUCUCCGGAAUGAAUUAAAAUCAAUUUCAUCUGUUGCUAACAAGGCAGAUCUGCUAGUUUUGUACGAUGAACAUGUGUCCACCUAUUCGAGUUUCCGGGCGUUUUUCCAUACAUCUUCAUACAAUAAUGUCCGAAACUUCGUUCUUCGUUUUCAUGACAUGCGUGCUAAAAAUGGUAACCAGAGCAAAUCAGCAUUUCUAAUCAACUGUCAUUACGAUACAGCCCCUGGAAGCCCUGGUGCUAGUGAUGCGUUUGUCAAUUGUGCUGUUAUGCUAGAGGUUUGUCGUAUAUUAGCGACGGGUGCGUUUACUCUUUUCAAUGAUCUUAUAUUUCUUUUCAACGGAGCUGAAGAGAGCCUGUUGCUUAGCAGCCAUGCUUUUAUAACGCAACACAAGUGGGCUGCUGACGUCGUCGCUUUUAUGAAUUUGGAAGGAGCGGGUUCUGCUAAACGUCACUUGCUUUUCCAAACUGGUCCGGGGCAUUCAUCAGAUAUUUUACUAGAAGCUUAUAAACGUUCCUUCAAACAGCCGUUCGCCAGCGUUUUGGGAGAAGAUGUGUUCCAGUUCGGAUUAGUGCCAUCGGACACAGACUACAGGAUAUUUCGUGACUAUGGGCGUGUUCCAGGGUUAGAUCUUGCAUAUAUGCAAGACGCGUACGUUUAUCACACUCCUUAUGAUACAGAGUCUCGUAUUUCCGAUCGUUGUCUUCAACUGUCAGGAGACAAUAUACUAAGAUAUCUUCGGCAUAUUCCAGAUUCACCCGAAGUCACGGAGAAAGAAAGUCAUAUGUUGGUUGUUCCUAUUGAUGUAAAUGGUAUUCGCUACCUGACACCUAAUUCUUACCCUGUAUCAGCACUUAGACUGUUUAUGAAUCCAGAAGAGCACAUGCAAUUAAACUACAAAGGUAUCAAAGAGCUUGUUGAAGCAAAACCAGUGGAGUGCAAUUACAGUCAACCUUAUUGUGGUGUGGCUUCUGUUUAUCCUCUCCUUCAUGUUCUCAAACAUAUUUAUCGUGUUCCUGCUGAGUUUCACAAAAUAAAACCAAAUGUCGGGCUGAAAUUGUUGUCACGCACAUUGUUAACGGAUUACCUACCAAAUGGUCGCUUGGGUUGCAACGUUACAUUUUCUGUAGUUUCCGGUCCUCCCCAUACUCAUAUCUUAAUUCGUACGGAUGGGAAUCAUACUAAGUUAACUGAAUGGUCUUUUACAUCAACUGCUUUGUAUCCUUCAUCUAUGCCACUUCCUCCAUCAUUGAAAGAGAUUCCAAGCAACAAAGGUGAACAUUAUUUUUUAUAUCACUUGAAUGCGGCAGCGUUUGGGAAUCACGGCGUUUUGUGGGAAACACCGUGGACAUUUUGGGUUGUUUUUGAACUCCAGGAUAUACUACCACAAUCGAGUUACAUCGAUAUAGCUGCUGCUGGCCUGUAUAUUGAUGAAGAAGUCUUUACCCGCUCUUCUCCACUCUUAGACUUUAUAUCGAGAUUACCGCCUUGGGUUACUGUCACUCAGGGUUGCGCUGUUUACGAUCACUGGCGUUUCCAGCUGAACUAG